UUGUUCUUUCUUCUUCUCCAGGCAUUAAGUGUUACUGAGACCCUGAUUAAACCCUUGGAAAAAUUCAGAAAGGAACAACUCGGAGCUGUAAAGGAAGAAAAGAAGAAGUUUGACAAAGAGACAGAAAAGAAUUACAGUCUAAUUGAUAAACACUUGACUCUCUCUGCCAAGAAGAAAGACUCACAUUUGCAAGAGGCAGAUCUCCAAGUGGAGCAGACGCGCCAGCACUUCUACGAACUCUCUCUUGAGUAUGUGUGCAAGCUGCAGGAAAUCCAGGAAAGAAAGAAGUUUGAGUUUGUGGAACUGAUGCUGUCCUUUUUUCAGGGAAUGUUUACUUUCUACCAUCAGGGGCAUGAACUUUCCAAAGACUUCAAUCACUACAAAAUGGAACUACAGAUCAACAUCCAGAAUACACGGAAUCGAUUUGAGGGAACCAGGUCAGAAGUGGAAGAACUUAUGAAUAAAAUCAGACAAAACCCCAAGGACCACAAGCGAGCAAGCCAGUUCACAGCAGAAGGCUACCUGUAUGUCCAGGAGAAAAGGCCGGCUCCAUUUGCGUCCAGCUGGGUCAAACACUAUUGCAUGUAUCGGAAAACAGCCAAGAAAUUCAACAUGAUCCCAUUUGAGCACAGGUCUGGGGGAAAACUGGGGGAUGGAGAGGUGUUCUUUUUGAAAGAAUGCACCAGAAGGUAUACCGACUCCAUUGACAGAAGGUUUUGCUUUGACAUUGAAGCUGCUGACAGACCUGGCGUCCCCUUGACUGUGCAGGCGUUUUCAGAAGAGGAGAGGAAGCAGUGGCUGGAAGCUCUGGGUGGAACAGAAGCUCUGUUCCAUACUUUGAAUAGAGCGAUCCUCCCGAGACCAGAAGGAGGAAGAGGAGGAGGAGGGUUCUUUUGUCAGGCUGUCCUGGAGCUCACAGAGACCUUCUGCCUCCCAAGUUACUGGGACUAAAGGUUGGAAUACACACUAAAGUAUGGUUUAUUGCUGGUAUGUUCAUGCUGGUGACGGUACAAGUAUCCUUCUGGGGGAUUCUGCAACACUUGGUGCAUUUCACACAACCUGAACUUCAAAAACCUAUUAUGAGGAUUCUUUGGAUGGUCCCAAUAUACAGUUUAGAUAGUUGGUUGGCCUUAAAAUUCCCCAAAGUUGGAAUAUAUGCCGAUACCUGUAGAGACUGCUAUGAAGCUUACCAUUUAUAACUUUAU